AAGUGGCCUUCCCUGCUGUGCUCUCCACAAGCAACGGAAUUCCAAGUACCCACACUCUCUCUCCGUUCGAGAGCUCACUCGCAUGGCGAUGGCUGCGAUGGGGAUCUCGCGAAUCCCGCUCUCCCAAACCCUAAUCCCUUCGACCUCUCCCUUUCCAUCUUCCGAUCGGGUCUCCAAUGAUCCACCGCUUUGCCUCAAAUCUUCUUCGAACCGGGGCCUCGCCUCCUCUUUCCACUUUUCCGGCGGGACGCUCUUCUCAAAGGCCGUUCUUGGCCGCCGGAGAACGGUCUCAGGGGGGAGGACGCCGGUUCUUGUUUCUCCCAAGGCCGUCUCGGACUCGAGGAGCUCGCAGACGUGUCUCGAUCCUGACGCCAGUCGUAGUGUUUUGGGAAUUAUACUUGGUGGUGGAGCUGGAACCCGCUUGUACCCUCUAACAAAGAAGAGAGCCAAACCAGCAGUUCCUUUAGGAGCCAACUACAGGCUGAUUGACAUACCUGUCAGCAACUGCUUGAACAGUAAUAUUUCAAAGAUCUAUGUUUUGACGCAAUUCAAUUCUGCUUCGCUCAACCGCCACCUUUCACGAGCUUAUGGAAGUAACAUGGGUGGAUACAAGAAUGAGGGGUUCGUGGAAGUCCUUGCUGCUCAACAGAGUCCAGAGAACCCAAAUUGGUUUCAGGGUACUGCUGAUGCUGUAAGACAAUAUCUUUGGCUUUUUGAGGAGCACAAUGUUAUGGAGUUUCUUGUCCUUGCUGGAGAUCAUUUGUAUCGUAUGGACUAUGAGAGGUUUAUCCAAGCACACAGAGAAACAGAUGCGGAUAUUACGGUGGCUGCACUUCCAAUGGAUGAAAGGCGUGCAACCGCUUUUGGCCUAAUGAAGAUUGAUGAAGAAGGACGCAUAAUUGAAUUCGCGGAGAAGCCAAAAGGGGAGCAGCUGAAAGCUAUGAAGGUUGAUACCACCAUUUUAGGCCUCGACGAGGAAAGAGCAAAGGAGAUGCCAUAUAUUGCUAGCAUGGGCAUCUAUGUGAUCAGCAAAGACAUAAUGUUGCAGCUACUUAGGGCAAAAUUUCCGGGAGCCAAUGAUUUUGGAAGUGAAGUCAUUCCUGGUGCUACCAAUAUUGGAAUGAGGGUACAAGCGUACUUGUAUGAUGGCUACUGGGAGGACAUUGGGACCAUUGAGUCAUUUUAUAAUGCAAAUCUGGGAAUAACUAAGAAGCCAGUACCAGAUUUCAGCUUUUAUGAUCGUUCAUCUCCAAUUUACACACAAGCUCGAUAUUUACCACCUUCCAAAAUGCUUGAUGCUGAUGUUACAGAUAGUGUUAUUGGUGAGGGAUGUGUAAUUAAAAACUGCAAGAUUCACCAUUCUGUAGUUGGGCUCCGUUCUUGUAUUUCUGAAGGUGCAAUCAUAGAAGAUGCAUUACUGAUGGGAGCAGAUUAUUAUGAGACGGAUCAAGAGAAGAGGUUCCUAGCUGCAAAAGGUAGCGUCCCAAUUGGCAUCGGACAGAAUUCUCACAUCAAAAGAGCCAUUAUAGACAAGAAUGCUCGCAUUGGAGAAAAUGUCAAGAUCAUCAAUGGCGAUAAUGUGCAAGAAUCAGCAAGGGAGACGGAUGGAUACUUCAUCAAGAGCGGUAUCGUCACUGUAAUUAAAGAUGCUUUGAUCCCUAGUGAUUCGGUCAUAUGAAACCUUAAGGCAUUGAGUGUCGCGAACAUGAUGGAGCAACUCCUGCUUUGUGGUGUGCAAUGUCAUGCGAUCAUUUUUCUUCCAGCGUAAGUGAAGUGCUUCAGUGAAAGGAUGGCCUUGUUGAGGACAUUUCCUGUAUAAAAGCAAAUAAAUUUUCCUUGCUCUCUCUCUGUUAAACUGCAGAGUUUCUUGGAUGUUUAGGGAAUUUUAUGAGCAGUCAUGAUUUAUUAAAUAUGUUGACAUUAA